UCUGUUUGUUACAAUGUCUGGAAGAAGGGAUGCAUUGGUGGUUGGUCGUGUUGUAGGGGAUGUUUUGGAGCCUUUUGAAAGAAGCGUUUCCCUGAAAGUCUCCUACAACAGCAGGAAUGUCAAUAAUAGCUACGAGUUUAAGCCAUCAGCUGUGGUCAACCAACCUAAGGUCGAAGUUGGAGGCAAUGACCUAACAACUUUUUAUACACUGAUAAUGGUCGAUCCUGAUGCUCCAAAUCCAAGUAAUCCAAACCAGAAAGAGUAUUUGCACUGGCUGGUAUGCAAUAUCCCUGAAGGAACCACAGGAACUAUGGGCCAGGAGAUCGUCAGCUAUGAGUGCCCACGUCCAACUCUUGGCAUUCAUCGAAUCGUGUUUGUGUUAUUCCGGCAACAUGGCGUGCAGACUCUCAACCCUCCAGAGUGGCGUCCAAAUUUCUCUACCACUGACUUCGCCAACCGCAACAGUCUUGGCUCCCCUGUUGCUGCCGUGUAUUUCAACUGCCAGAGAGAGCACGGUUGGGGUGGAAGAAGACUCUGAAAUAAUAUCAUAUGUAUACCUAUCUACAUAUAUAAAGAUUGAUAGUGAGUGAUUGAUGUGUGUGUGUGGAGAGAGAGAGAGCCUCCCUGUGUUUUGGAGGUAUGGAAUACAAAUAAGUAUCGAUGUAUUUUGUGUACCAGAACCCUGAUAAAAAUGUGUAUCUUGGAAAAGGCCAAAUAAUAUAAUGGUAAAAUAAU